AUGAAGUUCUCCUACGCUGCCAUCGUUGCCAUCUCGGCAUCUUUUACGUCUGCUGCCUACACCGCCGCCGAUAUUCCCAGCUGCGCCAUUUCCUGCUUCGAGACCGGCGCGCCUCAAGUUGGCUGCACCGUGACCGACCAGACAUGCCAGUGCGCUAAGGCCUCUGAGCUCACCGACAAGAUCACUGGCUGCGUGACGGAUGCAUGCUCGGUUGAGGAUGCGCUGAAGACGCAACAAGUCUCAAACGGGAUCUGUGAGCAGCUCUCCAGCUCCGCAUCCUCAGCCGCCGCGACCUCGACUGCAUCCGCCUCCGCCUCAGAAGGGUCCUCGUCAGUCCCCAUCACCUCAUCUAUCAGCGGCAUCUCUGCACCCUCCAACAACACUACGAGUGCCAUGAUCACCACCCCGCUACCAUCAAGCAACGCGACUGCACUGAUGACGUCGUCUUCGGCUGCUGCUUCCUCCACCACCACCUCUACAAAAUCCUCCACCAAGACAGCUUCUUCCACUAAGACUGAGACGGCUGACAGUGACUCUUCUUCUACAAACAGCGCCUCGGGAACAGCUAGCGCGGCGAGUUCGUCAAGCACCGCGAAUGCAGGGAGUGUGGAUCGGCUUGGAGAGAAUUUUGGUCUGGCUGUUGCGAUAGGCCUCGGCUGCCUCAUCGCUGCUAUCUGA